ACGGGGCGGCGCAGCAUGCUCGGCAUGAAGAGCUGGUCGUCCCUGCUCCAGAAUCUCAGGAGGACGGUCACGCGGUGGCAUGGGGUGCUCAAGAGCCUCAGGAAUGCGCCACCAUCUGCCGGGCGGAUCAUGUCCCUGGCCCACGGUGUGCAGUUGUUACGUCCCGUGCUGCUCCCCGUGUGCCACCCCGGCCCCCCGUCCAGGUGUGGAGCGGACGUCCGCGUGGCGGGAAGGCCCCUCACUUUGUUUCCAAAGCCCGGCGAGCGGGGCAGGGAGGAGGGUGCUGGCCAGAGAGUUAAGCGCUGGAUUGGCUGCCUGCAGGGGCUCAGAGGGGGGCCCCUCAUGGAUGGAAUGGGGGCUCCCCACGUUCAGGCCCCGUCCCUUACCUGUGGUCACUCCUCGGUCCUCACAGCAGCUUCAGGAGGGAGGCGCUGGCUUUGUCCCCUCUUAUUCUUGCUCACUGCUUGGGGCCCCGUGGCUAAGGAGGUGGCGAGAGGAGAGGCCAGGGGGAGCCGGGGCAGUCCUACCCUGGGUCCCGUCCCUGGCCGGGUGCUGGGUGCCUCUUCCUUCCGCUCCAGAAAGAUCUGGUCACUCCGGUGCCCACCAGUGUGGGACGGACCCUGUUUCCCACGGGAUGCAGCAGUCGGGUGAGAAGUCCAACCUCCUCUGUGGCCCGUGCCCGCCUUCCCAGCUCUCAAGCUGGCCGAAUCGAGUGGCUGUGCCCUGCCCUGCCCUGGCCAUUCCCGCCUCUGCUUGGCACCUUGGCUGCAGGGGAAGGAUGGUACAGCAGCAAGGGGCACAGGGCCUGAGCUCCUAUCCUGCUUCUCUGCGAUGUUAUUACUGUGUGACUUGGAGCAGGUGACCUGGUCUCUCUGUGCCAUGUUCUCCGAUUUGUGUGAGGGAUAAUUCCGGUUAGUAAUGACUGCACACCGCCAGUGUCAUAAAUGUCCACUGCGAUUAUUUUUCCUUCCACCUGGAAAGCCUUUCCUGCUUCUGCAAUCUCCCCACACCUCAAGGCCACCUCCUCCAGAAAGCCCUCCAGAUUCUGCCCAGCAGCCAUAAGUUAUUUCUCCUGCCGCCUCCUGGCUUCAUGGCUCAUUAUUUUUUUUCCUCAGUGGAAUCUACACGUUUGUACCUGUUUUCUCUGCCUGUCAGACAGAAGUUCCUCGAGGGAAGACCCUUUUCAUUCUCGUCUCAGAAUCUCCCAAGGUGCUGAGUAUGCAGCAGGUGCCCGGUCAGUGCUUGCUGGAUGAGUGAGGGCGGCCGUGCUCCUGGCCAGGCCAGCGUGUGUUGGGUUCCGGUUCCUGGACGUGCAAUCCGUGUCAUCCGGGAACUCACCGUGCAACCGUGCUAGGAAAUGGUUCUUUGCAGAUGUAAUAACUAAUUACAUUACUAACUGAGGAUCUUGAGAUGAGACUGUCCUGGGUUAAAGUGACAGAAGAGGAAACAGACACAGAGAAGGCGGAGACAGAGGCAGAGGUUAGAGUGACGUGGCCACAAGCCAGGGGGUGCUGGCCCCCACCAGCCGCAGGACGAGGCAGCGAAGGAUCCUCCCCAAGGCCUCUGGGGGACGCCGUCCUGCCGACACCUAGACGAGGGACUUCUGGCCCCCAGAACUGUGAGAGAGAAUACAUUUCUCCUGUUCUAAGCCACCCGGUUUGUGGUCAUUUGUUAAGGCAACCCUAAGAUAACACAUCAUCUUUCCCCCUUGACGUAUAUUUAAAAUAUGUUAUGAUUAAAAAUGCCGUCUAACGUUGCUCACGGAUGCUGAGGCCCCCAGGAUUGUGGGGCAGCCAAGAGACUCAGAGCUGGCGUCGGGGAUGUGUCCCGUCACUUUACCUCUCUGGUCCCCGUGUCAGGUGGGGAAGCCAGCCGGCCUGGCUGGAAGGGGGACACUCUCCAGUCUGACAUGAGCGUUGCAGACACCCAGCCCUGUCCCAGCGCAGCCCCCGCGUGGCCGCCUGACUGCAGGUGACGGUCAGCCCCAGGGGGAGAGGAGCCCAGGCCACAGCUUGUCAGUCUCCCAGCCGGGCACCGCGGCUGCCCGGGUACCCUGUCCUCACUGUGAUUCCUGCAGCGGUGACGUUCUUGACACCCCCAGGCCUCGCUGCCACCACCUCCUCUGCCCUGAGGCACUUCCGUGGGACUCGCUGGCUCUGAGGGUGACCCACCCCGGACAAGGCUGGGGUGCGUCUCAGGCACCCUUGAAGGGAGUGUGGGGUCUGGCAGGGCUGCGUGGCUGCCCCUGGGAAGGCUCCACUCGCUGGGGACAGGCAGGGCCUGCAGCCAUCCGGCCGCCACCAAAGGGGACGCCUCGGCCACUCCGGCUUGCCCCACAGCUGCCGGGGUGGAGAAACCCUGGUGACCCAGUCAGUGUUUCUUUUAAUUAGAGAUAAUUAAGGCGGCGUAACAGUGGCAGUUUGGUAGCCUCUUUAGGAGGAAGCAGAGAGCCCAAACGGAACCUAGAAAAAUAAAAAGAAAUAAAAAUAAAACCCAGUGAAUUUUUAA